AUGAAACUAGCUGUGAUGAUCAAGAAGAUUGUGUCCCGGAGACUCUUAAGUGUCCCGGCCAAGAACUGCUACCACAUGGUCAUACUUGGUUCAUCCAAGGUGGGUAAGACUGCCAUUGCAUUGCAUUUCCUCACGGGCCACUUGGAGGACGCUAACACGCUUACGAUGGAGAACUUCCACCACAAAUUCUAUUCCAUCCGUGGUGAGGUCUACCAGUUUGACAUUCUCGGUAUGUCUAGCAACCACUCUUUCCCCGCCAUGCAGCACCUCUCCAUCCUCACAGGAGAUGUUUUCAUCCUGGUGUUCAGCCUAGACAACUGUGAUUCCUUCGAGGAGGUGCAAAGGCUCAAGCAGCUCUUUGACACGAAGUCUUGUCUUAGGUAUAAAACCAAAGACGAUAUAGACAUGGUGGUCCUGGUCAUUUGUCAUAAGAAGGGUGACCAGGCCUUCUACCACGAAGUUGAACAAGAGACGGAGCAGCUGGUAGGCAACAAACCCAAACGCCGUGUCUACUUCAUGAUCUCAGCCAAGAACAGUAGCAGUGUGGGCCAGAUGUUCCAGAGCCUCUUGGCCAUGGCCAAGCUGCCAAGUGAGAUGAGCCCACGCUUGCACCACAAGGGAUCGGUGCAGUACGGUGACACACUGGACAAGAUGAUGCUGGCACGCAGCAAGAAGCUGCUGAGAGCCAGGGGCAGUCAUGGUUACCCAGGUGAUGCCUUUGGCAUUGUGACUCUUUGCAUGCAGGUCAGUGUACACAGUGACCUCAUGUAUAUCUGCGAGGUUAGCAAAGGAGGCCAGACCAAGGACAGUGAGCGCUGUGUCAUCAGCUAG